UUACGUCACUUGACGAUAACUACCAUCCAGUUCAUUGUUUGCUGCAGUCGUCAAAGCAGAAUUUCAGGUAGCCGCUACAACAAAUCCGAAGAAAGGGAUCAUCCUAUUUCGUUUAUCUGUCUCCUAUACGUUUUGCACCGUAUAAUUCAAAGCGUGUUAUGAACAGGACAUUGCCAAACGUCAGUCUACGUAGCCAGCUAUAGCGUUGCUAGUUGGUUUGCUAGCAACGUCGCAAACUUUAACUUCGCCUUUCUUCAUUAUGAGUGAACGUUAGUUGGCUAGUAAUGUUCGUUUACCAGCUAGGUGUUGACUGUGGCAUAAAGGUCGACAGUACUUUAACGCGAUGUAUCUUUAGAUUUAGCUUCAAGUUUUUUGAUGUCCAUAAAUCUAACUUGCUAGCUUGUACGAAGCGAGCUAUUUGUAGCUAGCUACCAAGCUAAUUGACAUGGAGACCGUUGUCUGAAUGUUGUCAACGAUAAUUACACUACCUUUUGGAACGUUAUUAGCUACCUAGUUUGUAAGCCAAACUUAGCAAACAUUUCGCACUUGCCGACAGUUAACGUAUAUGGACCAGUUUGACCAUCUAAGGGAACAUGAAGAGGAAAGUUGCGAAAGUGGGUAGAUUAAGGUUAAGUCCAAACGAAGAGGCACAACUCAUUAAAGAAGAACACGAAAGGAGGAGGAAAUUAAGAUUGCAGCAGGUUCGAGAACAGGAGCGGUGCAUUGCGUUACAGAUUCGCAAGGAGGUUCAGCGCCGACGUGACUGUGAGCUUCAGAACCUGGCAGAUCAGCUGCAGGAAGAAUGGCAGAGACAGCAAAGGGAGAAGCUGCAGGACCUGGAAAAACUCUACCAGGACAGCCUCCAAACUUUAGGGGAGGGUCAUCGGAAUGCGAAAGAAAAUGAGCCAGACUUGGAGGCAAUGGCACAGAAGGCAGAGGAACAGCAUGAAAGGGCAGCAGAACGACACCGCGAGGCCCUGAGAGUGUUAAAAACACAGAGACUGAGACAGCAGGAGGAGCAAAGCCGACACAUCCAAGCCAGGAGAAAAGCAAUGCUGGUAGAGAAAGAGAGGGCAGCAAAAGUGGCCAGUCUCCCACCACCUUCACCAGAACCAUUUGAAAAAAUUGAGGCAAAGAAGCCACCCCCAGUCAAAGUGUCUGAUGUGGAUAAUUUCACAGUCACACAUUUCCAUAUGCCCGAGACAGCCGUGGAUCGUGAAGAGGACACGGCUCAGCCGGACGCCCGACGAGCGGCAGAAGAGGAAGGGCGGCGCUUGGAGGACCUGGGGAAGGAAGAGGAGCGUGAGAGGAGGGAACGGCUGGCUAAGGCCCGGCUGAGGGGGAGCCAUGCCUUGAGGAAGGAGCAUCUCUACCAGGACAGAGAGCGCCUCCUACAGGAACUUGAACACAUGCAGCAGGCUGAUCUGCUGCGACGGCGACAGGCCGUGUCACAGAUGCCCCCGCAGACUUUCCAGCCCCUCUACAGCAGGCAGGAAAUGAGAGAAGACCGACAGCGGGAUCUGGAGUUCGCCUUUGAGGACAUGUACACUGGAGAAAAACGAAUGAAGGGAGAUUUGGUCCUGCAGUUGGUUCCGGAGCCACUUCCUGCCUUGUCAUCCGACACCCAUGACGAUGAUCUGGAUGUGACCCUGGAACCUGACAUGCCCCCUGCUGCAGAGCAGCAGGCACUGGACCACCAGUCUCCAUUGCCCCCCACUGAAGCGCAAGCUGAGCCUGCAGAGGGAGCUCCUCCUCAUGCUUUGAAGAAGCUGCUGAACAAGAUCAGGAACCAGAGGAGCCAGUGGAGCAGCCGUGCUGGUGGUGAUAUGACCGCAGAUGGCAUGACCAUCGAGAGCGGCUCUUUAGCCAGCGGGGACAGAGUGGGACGCCCGCCCCCAGACGCACCCCCUCCUGACCACCUUCAGCCUUCCCAAGGACAUGAAACCACAGAGGAGUCGAUCAUUGCUGGGACUUUGGUGCCUCCCAAAAUGCAAGCUGUUAGAAUCAGCUUGGCUGCAGAGGAGAGGAGGAAGCAGGCAGAGGAGCUGGAGAAGCAGAAGCAGGAGCAGAUUGAGCUGCUGCAGCAGCUGGAAGAGGAGAGGAGGACUCUGCAGCUCCAGAUGCAGCAGGCACAGCUGGAGAAAGAAAGGCUGCAGAUUGCUGUUCAGGGAAAUCCUGAAAAGUGUGUCCAACAGGAAGUCCCAGCACAUCAAGAGGAAGUACCCUCUACUUCUUCGGUGCUUCCUGAGGGCCCUGAACCGCAGUCUUCAGCCAUGGAGGAUGCAGAAGAGCACUCGCGCAGGGUCCGCCAGUACCAGCAGCGUCUUCUGGAUCAGAACCGGCAGCACAAGCAGUCUGUGGAGGACGCUCGUCGUCGACUGGCUGAAUACCAGCACGCCCUUAAGAUGAAGUAUUCCAGAGCCCUCAUGGCUACUCUUAAUCCUCCAGGCUUCCAGAACCUUCCGCACCUCCGGGCAGCUCCGCCUCUGGUGCCCCCCACGGGAGUGCUCCUCAGACCCUGCGCCCCCACUGCGCUGUCCCCUUCAGCGACGCCCCUCCCCCCUUCCACAGCGCUGCCACAGCAGGGGCCUGCUCCUGUGCCCGGUCCUGGGGCAGUGCCGAAUUUACCCUUUGGCCUCUCGCACAUGCACAGCAGUGACACUGACGUCCCCUCCCAGAGUCUUUCCAGCGUACUUGCCCUGGACCCCCGCCAUGUAAAGCCAGUUCCUCUCCCCCGCCCCGCAGUGGCCAGCGAGUGGCCGCUUCAGGAACCCCCCGCAGCGGAACACGGGCUCGAGACCCAGUGGAUCCCCCCUGCCCUGCCGCAGGCAGACGCCCGCCCGCCCUCCUGCCAGCCGCUGCCGGUCGACCCCGCCUUCCCAGCCCUGGAGCCCGCGAGACCGGUGCCCGCUUCAGCAGCGGAGCCAGGGCCGGACCCGGACCCCCGGCGGCGGGAGCUCCUAGAGGCGCGGCAGCGCGUGGAGAAGCAGAGGAGCGCCGUCCAGGAGCAGCAGCGGGCGCAGGAGGAGAGGCUGCUCCUCCAGCAGAGCCAGCUGAGGGAGCAGAUGAGGAGGCACCGCGAGGCCCUGGACACCUUCCUCUCCGGCUCGCAGUCCAGGCCGUUGGAGACGGGGUCAGAGGUCAGCCGGGAGGAGCGUCUCAGCCUGAUGUCCACUCUGCUGAGGGCCAUCGAGGAGUCCAGUGGCAGCCUUUCCCAGCCCCAGAGCGACCAGCCGCCCUCCCUUUCAUCCCCCCCGACCGCUCAGAACCAGGCAGCCCCUCUCUGCCAUACUGCUCUGUCAGAUGACCUCACGUCCCACAGUGAUCUCAGGAGCAGAGCUGCUGCCCACCCUCGCGCCCCCAAGCCCCCACUGGCACGGCCUAGACUUGGCAUCCUGGAGAUAAUCGAGCAGCACGAGCUCAGUGCCAUCCAGGAAGUGGAGACUCCCAUUGAUGCCAGCCUUGCCACUGUUGGAGAGGAGUUGGAGGAAGUGUCCUGCGCUCUGACGGAGGAACCUUCGGGGGCAGAGGACUUGCCCCGCGCCGAAGCGGAGCACUCCAGCGGGAGCAGCACUGUGACCGGGCGCUCCAGCAGACUGUCCUGGAGAGAGAGACUGCAGCUGGAGUCGGGCUCGUCCCCGGAGCCCGAUGCUGCCAGAGCUUCAUGCAUGCCACAGCACUCCUCUGAUAAUGGCCAUGGUUCUCUGACCCACCCAGGCCUCAUGAUCCUCGACUUCAAAGCUGCAGAGGAGGAAAGGAUGUCUCUCCCUUGCUCAGAGGAGAGGUUUUCUCUUCCAUCAGAGCAAACCCCUGCAGAGGCGGAGUGCCUGUCCUCCUGCACCAUUUCCACAGGGAGCUUCUCUGCUAAUGAGCCAGACUUCAGCUCUACUGCUGCAGCUAAGCCGGGGCGUUGGCUGUCUCAUGCAGAUGCGUCACUGCCGACCCCUGAGGCAGCAGGAAGAGGCGGAGCCUUGUCCCCUGCUCUCAGACACAGCGGCAGCAUCUCCAGUCAGGGGUCGCUCUCGCCAGAGUCGCUCCUGGGCAACGACAGCAUACAGCGAAUCAUUGACAAGUACACCAAGGAGCUCAACACCUCGCUGGCAUCUGCUGGGAGCUUUGCUGUGGUGCCCAGUCCUGCUGAAAGCUCUCCAGCUGCAUGGAGAGCUGUUUUGGAUAAAGGGGGGUCCAGCUCCUCUAUCUCCCUGCCAUGGUCAAGGGACCAGAUUGUCUCGGAGGACUGGUCGCUAACCCCUGGGCACUCAAGCCAGGAAACCUCUACCCAAAAUGUCCGUAGAAGUUUGACCAACUUGUACCUUGAAGACACACGAGGAGGACUUGGAAAGAGCGGGCUCAUGGGGGCUGUGGAAGACGUUUCAAAGUGCAGCUUUGAAGGAGCCCAAAAUUCUUCUUGUCACUUUCUCCCUCUGGAGCCCAGGCCGGACUUUGAUUCCUCCACCUCCUCCUCCUCCCGGCACUCGGAGAGACAGGAGCAGAUAAGGAGACCUGAGGCAAGCCAGGUAGCAGGACACCUCUUGGACCAGUCAUCCCCUCAAUAUCAGGCGGAACGGAGGGAUUCCACUCGGUCAAUUGGUGAUCCCUCGGCUCAGUCAACCUCUCAUUGGCUAAAUGAAGGGCGUGACAUCACCACAAUGCAGUCUUUUAGUCCACGCUCUGUUGAUUCCUCCUCCCAUUCGCUGGGUGAAGGGCGGCUGCGGACAGGUGAAUGGGAGGAGCUUUCUGCAGGCCAGCACAGUGGGAGCUCUGGAGGAGCCAGUGGUCCAUUUUUGUCCGAUGCGGAGCGUGGAGCCCCAGCCCAGCGGGGUGAGUCCUCGGGGCCAGCAUUGCUCAGGGGAGCCUCUCUGCUGAAGCCUGGCUCCUCGCACCCCAGGCCAGACGUGCCCGAGGCCACACCCACGCUCACACAGCAGGAGUGUCAGAGGAGUGUUCAGGACAUUGACUCUAGCAAGGAGUUGCAGAACACCGGGGUCUUUCAGGAGCUCUCUACAGGGGACACUCCGGCCCUGGAUGACACCGCCGAUGGAGACACAACUCUCAUGGACCCCACUUCAGACUCCUUUCAUCCACUGCCUGCUGAGGUCACUCAGAAUGAGACCCUUCACCUGUCUGAGCAGGACCUGCACUCCCCCGGGGGCAGUGAGGUCACCCCGCCGACGGGGGCCGCGGACCCGGACAGCACGCUGGAGCAGCCGCCCUCGCCCGAGCUCCUGAGAGCGGAGUCACUGGACCCCUCCCUGUGCCCGCCGCCCUCGCCGCCCGGCUCGCUGUGCCUGCCGCCGGAGUCGCGGAGCUGCAGCCGGGACUCCAUCCUGACGGAGGCCCUCUGCGCGGAGGACCAGACCCUCACAGGGUCCUGCCUCUGCAGCCCACCCGCCACCGACACCCCCUCGCUGGCCCUCCCGCCAGAGAGAACACACUCAGACAUGUCCGCUUACCGCAAGGGUGACAAGACUCUGGCACUGAAGGACCCAGAGAGCCUGGCCACCAGAACUGCAGCCUGGGACAGUGUGUUGGAGGCAGGUAGCGGGACGGGGAUUCUGGAGGAGCCAGAUCUGACUCUCCUGAACCUGACUGAGAGCACGAUGCAGGAGCUGAGCAUGGAGGAGGAGGAGGAGACUGGGGCUGAGAGGAAGAAGCUAUCGAGUGAUGAGAUCCCCAAGUCUGUUCCCCUUGUGGAAGACAGCGAGAGCAUAAAGCACGAGUCGCUGCCAUCUCACGCAGUGAUGCUGCUAGAGUUCCAGUGGCCUCACAGUAACCUGCAGCAAGCCUUCCUUCAGAAAAGGCAGGACUUCGUCCAGAGGUCUGCCAAGAGGCUGGAGGAGCUGAGGGCCCGCAGGGAGGAGGUGAAGAACUCGACGCUCGUGAACCGGCCGAAGAUCUCACUGCAGAGCCAGCGCGAGAAGUCCCAAGCUGAGCUCCUGGCGGGCGGGGGGAAACUGAAGAAGGUGGGGGAAGUAAGAGUCUGCACACCGGAGCACAGGAAGAGUGAGGAGGCAGAGAUGUACCAGCGCACAGAAAGAUUAUAUAACCGACUGGAAGAGGUGAAGCAGCAGAAGGAAAUUAGGUCGAGACAAGAAUCGUAUGCCAAAAACCGGGAGAAAGCCAAGGAGUUUCAGAAGAAAACUUUACAGAAGCUCAGGGCUAAGCAAGCUCGGCAUUGAAGUUGUGAACUCCUCUUUUUAUGUGUGUCUAACCAAUUGUCCUCUAAUUUAUGUUCUACUUUCACCGGCCAUUUUAGAUGUAUUUUGUGAAAUGAAGAAUCUACUAAAAUAACUUGAAUUUUGUUUAUUGGCAGAUGGCUUAAGUGCAAUUAAAUUUUUUAUUUUACUGAUUAAAGUUUUUUUU